GCGACGCUGCGUGCGUGGCGCUGCUGCUGCGAGCCGGCGGCGGCGGCGGCAUCGACGAGGCCUGUCCUCUUGGCUGGACGGCGCUGCACAACGCCGCCUUCUCCGGGAGCGCUGCGGUGACGUGCGCGCUGCUCGCGCACGGCGCGGAUUUGGCCGCUCGCACAAAGAUCGGUGCGACAGCGCUGCACGUGGCCUCGUUCAACGGGAGGCUCGACGUGUGCAAGCUUCUGGUGGUGCACGGCGCAGAUGUGCAUGCGACGGACCGGGACGGGAUCACGCCACUCGAGGACGCGAGGUACCGCACCCUCGACCGAUGCUGCGCGGUGGAGACGCCUGCGCAGCAGUGGUCAAAGAGCGCCGCAUUCCUCGCCAAGGUGAUGCCGAUGCCUCCCGACGAGCGGCUCGCCUUUGCCAGGCGCAGCUGGGGCCUCCGUGCCGCGGAGCUGCUGCAGGACGCCGUCUCGGCCGGGGACGGCGGCCAGGCCACCCUCUCCGCGCUGCUCGACUGGCUCUCCGGCGACGUCGACGCCAGGGACCACGACGGCUCGACUGCGCUCCACGCGGCGGCCGAAGGCGGCAACCUCGCCGCCGCCGCGCUGCUGCUCGACCGCCGCGCCAGCCCCGGCGCGGCGACGCGCGUCGGCGAGACGCCUCUCCACUUUGCUGCGCGGGAGGGCCAGCCGGAGGUGUGCCGGCUGUUGCUCGACGCGGGCGCGCGGGCCGACGCGCCGACGCGGGCGGGGACGACGCCGGUUGACGAAGCGAGGCGCGGCGGGCGGGCGGCGCACGAGGAGGUGCGCCGGCUGCUGGAUCCCGAGGGGCUGCUGCGGGGCGAGGGGCCGCAAGGCAGCGCCAACGCGGACGCGCCUGGUGGCGGCGUUGCGGGAGAGAGGCGGGUGGUCGUGCACUGCGACGACCUCUCCUCGCUGCGAGAGCGGUCGGGCAUCGACCACAUCGCGGAGCACGUCCACUUGGCAAACUACUUUGCCUCCAAGAGCCGUCCCAAGGUUGCGGCGGCCGGCAUCACCCACAUCCUCGUGGCGGCGCAGGAGCUGCCGCAGUCCCUCGCGGCGGACGAGCGCCUCUCGUACCUCUCGCUGCGCCUCGCAGACAGCCCGAGCGCGAAGCUGCCACUCGAAGCGGCCCUCGCCUUCAUCGACGCCGCCCGGGACGCCGGUGGCAGAGUCCUCUGCCACUGCGCCGCCGGAGGCAGCCGCUCGGCUGCGGUGGUGCUCAGCUGGUUGAUGCGCGAGCAGCGGCUGGCGUAUGACGAGGCGCUGUCGCGCGUGCGGGAGGUGCGCUUUGUGGAGCCAAACCUCGGCUUCGAGCAGCAGCUCCGCGCCUGGGAGCAGCAACUCGCUCGCGAGAGGCUGCCUGCAGCGGCGCAGGCGUGGGCCGAGCAGGCCACCGCGGCGCUGCGAGGCGCGGCUGCGGCGUGCGCUGCGGCGCCGGUGCAGUCGGAGGCUGCCGCGAAGGCCGUGCUUGGCGAGGUGUGGCGCGCGUGGGAAGCCAGCUGCGGGGGAGAGGUUGACGGCCGUGCCGCGUCUGAGGAUGGACGAGGCGGCGCUGCGACGCGGCGAGUACUCCUACGGCCCCGUGCCGCUGCCGGCUGCUGUCGUGCCCGCGCUCUCAAAGGCCAGUGGAGAGUGCGAGUGGCGGGCGUGGCCAGCGGGCGGAGGAGACGGCCCGCUCUACACGUGGCGCGGCAGCUACGAUGCGACACGGCGGCCGUGGUACCAGCACGCGGCGCGGCACGGAACUGGGUGGAUCGUGUACGCCGACCCGGUCUUCCCAGAGGAGCGCAUGCGCUCGUUCGUCUCGCCGUUGAUGGGGUCAGAUGGCGCGCUGGCGGGAGUGCUGCUAGCGGGAUCGUUUGCGGCGUGAGAACCAAGACCGCCGGCGGGUGUGUGUACAUAAUAAAGGGGAGUGCUCCGCGCCGCUGCACCGCAGCCACCGCGCGCGUGCGGUGUGUGGGCCUCUCUCUCGCGACACACACACAUGCUGUGCCUGCCGAUAUGUCCAUGUGGGGGCCCGAGCGCGAGCGCUUUGGUGCAUUAGAGAGCCUCUUGCUGGGCCUGGGGCAAUUCGUUCGUUGGAGUGUGUAAAUCG